UGUUCUCUGGGCGUGAUGACCUUCGGGCUGUUCUCACCUUUGCUCCCCUUUGCGUCCCUGCCCUGGCUCCAGUGUAACCUCCUGUUUGGCUGGAGCAUCCGCAGCUACCGGACGCUCUGCAGCGCGGCGGUGACCAUUGUGGGGCUCCUGGUGGGGGACUUCAACUACGACACGGUUCUCAACUUGGACCCGGUCUUGGCGGCCCUGCUGAUCCCCACGAGCAUCGUCUCCAUGCUGUACGUGCUCACAAACCUGCUGGUCUCCGCCCUGCUGACCACCUUCGGCGAGGAGCGGGCAGCGGCCAUGGCAAGCCAGGAGGAGUCCAUGAUCCAGCUGAUGUGCCGCAAGCUGGCGGCCUUGCUGGGACUGAAGCAGCAGCCCUGGCCGGAGCCCCUGCAGGGCGGAGCAGCGCAGAGAGCUGGGCCUGGCUGACCCUGGAGACCCAGCUGCCAUCCCCACCCCCUGCCUGUUUCUGCUAAGAACUUCAGCUCUUCCUGCUUCUUCCCCCUCUCCUUCCCCAAGGCCUGGGGGCAGGAGUAGGGGGCCUGUUCUGGUUCCAAUAAAUCAUGUGUGAAAGUGACUGUGCCCCCCAACAGCGCCCCGCUCCGGUGCAGAGGCCGUGGCUUCCCCAGCUGGCUGAAUGCUGCACACAGUGCUCUCUACAGCAGGGGGGGGGUCUCCCCUUCUUCCCUGUGAGC